CAAUUCGCGGUGUUGCAUCAUGCAUGUGAGAAUAGUACUCAAGAGGAUCCGGUACUGAUUUGACUCUUCUCAGGCCUGGCUAGUUAUAAAUCACCAUCACUCCAUUUCUCUGGCCUGGCCUGUGUUCCUGCUCCCCUUCUUGCUUUCUCUUCUGCUCAUCACCAGUCACCAAGCACUUACAGCUUAAUGGCAUGGAGAGCUAUUCUAUCUGUUCUCUUCUUGAUCUCAUCCAAUUUCGAAGGCGGGGCUGUUGGAGCUCCUCAGGUCCCUUGUUACUUCAUAUUCGGAGACUCGCUCGCCGAUAACGGGAACAACAACAAUCUCGAGACCGAUGCCAAGGCAAAUUAUCCUCCCUAUGGGAUUGACUUCCCCGAUGGCGCGACCGGAAGGUUCACCAACGGUCGCACCUACGUAGACAUGAUUGCUGAACUCCUGGGGUUUGAUGAAUUCAUUCCACCCUUCGCUACUGCAAACGGCAGCGACAUACUCCGCGGUGUGAAUUAUGCAUCCGGCGGGGCGGGCAUUCUAGAUGAAACGGGACAACAACUGGGCGAUCGCAUUAGCUUGAACCAUCAGUUGCAAAACCAUUUGGUCAUGAUCUCGCGCAUCAGAGAAAUGUUGGGAGCAGAUGCUGCGACAUACUUAAACCAGUGCGCAUACACGAUAUGGAUGGGAAGCAACGAUUACAUCAACAACUACUUGAUGCCAGACAUAUACCCAACCAGCAAGCUCUACACGCCCGUGCAAUACGCUGAUGUACUGAUCGAGCAAUACAAACAACAGUUGAAGACAUUGUAUUCCUACGGAGCAAGGAGGUUGGCAAUUUUUGGACUAAGUGAGAUAGGUUGCACCCCAGCAGAAAUAUCAGAAUUUGGGACCAACGGAUCUCAGUGCGUCGACAAGAUUGACAAUGAGGUUGUGCUAUUCGACGACAGGCUCAAACCCCUUAUAAAUGAAUUGAAUUGCGAGCUCACCGGUGCUAAGUUCGUCUACGCAAACACUUACGGAAUCUCCACAACUGCAGUUCCAGCUGUCCCAGUUUCGAGUUCAACCUGUUGUGAGGUUAAGGAGGAUUAUCAGUGCAUUCCCUUCAGAACUCCAUGCCCAAACAGGUCGAUGCACUCGUACUACGACGGAUUCCACCCUACAGAGACAGUGCAUAUGGAAGUUGCUGUAAUUGGUUACAGAGCCUUGCUUUCUUCUGAUGCUUACCCAUUCGAUAUUCGUGUCUCCCGAGGCUCUGAAGAAGGAUAUAGUGAGAUUAAGCGCUGAUGUGGGCAUUUUAGUUCAAUACAGUUUCAGUUGAUAUCGAUCCAAUUUGAUGCGGAGUAUUCCUUCAAGAUGCCGAUUAUGCAAGAGAAUUACCGACUGGCAAGUUGAUAGUCGAUUCCAAGUCUACUUAUCGAUCACGUCGUGCCGAAGGUUGUUUGGGUCCUUUAAAGCAUGAAGGUCAUUAAUUCAAUCUUUGGAACUAGUAAACCGCAGAGAUCCUCAAUCGACUUAAUUUAUUUCUCAUAUUUUCAAGAUUUAGUAAAUGUCAUUCAAGUUUUUAGAGUCCUUUUUUAAUUAUAGUUGUUUUCUAGUAAA